AUGACCGUCACCAGUCCCCUGUAUGCUUUGACCCAUCGAUUGGGCCAAAUGGCCCAGCAAGAGGCCUCGGACCCUUCUCCACAGUCCCACUUUGAAUUGCUGCAGAUGAUCGACCAGCUUAAGUUGGCCGUAGAAACGCCGACAGAGACAGUGCUGCGGCUGAUCUACCAGCCUCCUCAGAAUGCAGCCCUGCGUACUGUCAUUGACUUGGGCAUCUUUCAGCUGUUGCUGGAGAAGCCACACAAGGACGGGGUUUCCGCCACGCAACUGGCUGCAUAUACGGGGGCAGAUGAAGAUUUGAUCGUUCGUUUGAUGCGCGUCAUGGCUUCUCUCGGGCUCUGCUCGAUGCCUGCGCCCGAGAUGUAUCAUGCCAAUGACAAGACCGUGGCGCUCACUCAACCCAUCGGUCGUGAUGGGGUUCCUUGCAUAUACGAUCUCACGGUUCCAACCUUGAGUAAGUUGCCAGAGUAUCUCCGCACGCAUGACUACCUCAACCCAGAGGAAUAUGCUCGUUCCCCUAUGCAAUGGGCGGUUGGGCAGAGCCAGUUUGAGUGGCUUGCAAGCAACAAAAAACACCAGGCUCUCUUCAACUCAUACAUGGCCAGCCGUCGUGAGGGCCGGCCCGUGUGGUAUGAUUUCUAUCCCGUCGAGAGACUGCUCGGUCAAGGUACCCCGUGUACGGACUCGGUCUUCUUGGUAGAUAUCGGGGGCAACCAUGGCCACGAUCUCAAGCGAUUCAGACAGAAAUACAGCCAUCUUCCCGGCAAGGUCGUCUUACAAGACCUGCCUAAAGUCGUGGAAGGAGUCUCGGGGCACGAGGGCAUCGAAGUCAUGGGAUAUAGUUUCCUGGACCCCCAGCCCGUCCAAGGCGCGCGAGCAUACUACUUCCGGGCUAUUUUCCACGACUGGCCCGACCACAUUUGCCAGAAAAUCCUGCGCAACACGAUGUCUGCCAUGGCCCCAAACCAUUCCCGAAUUCUCAUUGCGUCCUUGGAUAUCCAAAUGAUGAGCAUUGGGGCGGGUGUGGAACGAUCCGAGCGCCAGUGGAGAGAUCUCCUCCAUAGCGUAGGGUUGGAAGUCACUGGCAUCUGGAGUCCGAGUCCAGGCAUGGAGUCGGUCAUCGAAGCAGUUCCCAAAGCCGCAUAG